CGGGCAGCUCUUGCUAUGUGUGUACUCUGAAUAUUCGCGUCAAGAACAGUGAAAUCUCCAACUCCAGCAGCGUCCCUGCUGCGGCGUGUUGUUGCCGCCACUAUCGACGGGCCCAUAUCGAAGAUUCGCAGACUAUGCUUCCUCAACUGCAAUGGCCCUCCCACUGCCCCCGGGCCUCACACACUCUGAGGUCGCGUUCCUCUGCGAGAUGGAGAUGGUGACCGUUGUGCCGCGACAACGCUUCGAGAGCAUCAGUCUUCUAAGUGGCGACACACCUCUCCUCCGCCCGCCUCACCGCGCCCAACUACCCCUCUGGCUCGCCCUCCUCCUGAAGAAGCAGCGCCGUGCCAACAUCGUGCCGCCGCCCUGGUUGCACCCAGCCUCGCUCUCCGAGCUGAUCCACCACGAGACAAAAGUCGACCCCGCGCAAUUCUCCGCCCCGCCCCCGCCCCCCGCGCGCUCCGACACCCGCCACCCGGGCGAGGCCACGCGCGGCGACGGCGCGGUGCGGCUGUCGCCUCCGUUCCUGCGGGGCAGCACGGCGGAGGCGCCGGCGGGAUUCCUGCCCUAUCACUGGCUCGAGAUGGCUGAGACGCUGCUUGCGCACGCGGCCGACGACAUGGCGGCGCCGGCGGGCGAGGUGCGCUCGCUGCUGCGCGACCUGGUCGAGGUGCGCGCCGCAAAGAUGCGCGCCAGCUCGGCGCAGCUCGGCGCCGUCGGGGGCGGCUUCCUGGACCUCACGGGCGUGGGCGCCGUCGAGCUGGCCGAGAACAGGGCGUUCGUGCUCGGCGUCGUGGACGGCGCGAGGAGGAUCGGGGCGAGCGCAGAGGUCACCAGGCGCGAGGAGGAGGAGGAGGGCGGUGCCGGCUUCGGGGAGGGUGGGGAGGAGAGUGACGAAGACAUGGGAUUCUGAGCACGAGUCUGGAGACUACUUCAGCUCACCAGAUCGAGGUGGACAUAGUUCCCAUCGAGGAAUUGGCACCAUGACGGUGUGGGAUUGUAUGAGGAGGAGAGAGGGACUACUGGCAUGAGAUGCUCGGUUAUGAGUGCAGUUGAUGGGCCGUGAGCCAGGCCACUACCUUGGGAUGUCAUACAUACAACUGAAGAUACCUGGCAUUUCCCUUUAAAAAACAUAC